CCCGCCGCCCCCGCCCGGGGCGCGCGCCCCCGCCCCGCGGAGGUAAACAGGAAGCGGCGGCGGACAGCGCGGGCCCGCGGCGCGCGCGGCGGCGAACAUGCGGAGCCGCCUCCUGUCGGCGCUGCUCGUCGCCGCCCUGCCGCAGUUCUGCUGCAGGGCACAGGGCGCUGGGCCCUCGGGCACAACACCUGAAGGCAGGCCUGGGGAGGUAUCGCCGGUGCCCCCCCGCAAACAGUUCUGCCACUGGCCCUGUGAAUGCCCUCUUGAGAAGCCCCGUUGCCCCCCUGGUGUGAGCUCCGUGAGGGACGGCUGUGGAUGCUGUAGAAUCUGUGCCAAGCAACCAGGGGACUUCUGCAAUGAAGCUGACCUCUGCGACCCCCACAAAGGGCUGUACUGUGACUACUCAGCAGACAGGCCUCGGUUUGAGACCGGAGUGUGUGCACACCUCGUAGCUGUGGGAUGUGAGUUCAACAGGGUGCAUUACCGGAACGGCCAAGAGUUUCAGCCCAGUCCCCUGUUUAGCUGCCUCUGUGUGAGUGGGGCCAUUGGAUGCACACCUCUGUUCAUACCGAAGCUGCCUGACAGUCCCUGCUCUGGGGUGAGAGGUGGAAAGAAGUCUGAUCGAUUGAACUGUGGCCUGAGACCGUUCCAACGGCAGCUUUCAACAAGCUACAAAACAAUGCCAGCUUAUAGGAAUCUCCCACUUAUUUGGAAAAGAGAAUGUCUUGUGCAAGCAACAAAGUGGACACCUUGCUCCAGGACCUGUGGGAUGGGAAUAUCUAACAGGGUGACCAACGAGAACAGCAACUGUGAAAUGAGAAAUGAGAAAAGACUGUGUUAUAUUCAGCCUUGUGACACUAAGAUAUCAAAAAUAGUAAAGAUCCCCAAAGGAAAAACGUGCCAACCCACUUUCCAGCUCUUGAAGGCUGAAAAAUUUGUCUUUUCAGGAUGCUCAAGCACUCAGAGUUACAAACCCACUUUCUGUGGGAUAUGCUUGGAUAAGAGAUGCUGUGUCCCUAAUAAGUCUAAAAUGGUAACUGUUCAAUUUGAAUGCCCAAAUGAAGGGUCAUUUAACUGGAACAUGCUGUGGAUUACAUCUUGUGUAUGUCAGAGAAACUGCAGAGAUCCAGGAGAUAUAUUUUCUGAGCUUAAAAUCCUAUGAAACUACGCAUAUGUGGGAAAAGUUGUUUGGCAACCAUGUCAUUAUAUAAAAAAAUUUAGAAUGGUUUUAAAAGGUGAUAAAUCUACUUUAUUGGUUUAAAACAGUAAGAAUGCCUACCUAUUUUCAGAUGACUGUAUUAAAGGCAUUAGAAGCUUUUAGAAAGUUCUAAAAAUGUAUGUAAAAUUUGAAAACCUUAAAAUUGAAUGUUUUAUUUUAAAAUGUAUCUUAUACCUGUAUAAUGCAGAUACUUGAUUCUAUGUAUUCCAUAUACAUAAUGGAAAAAUCAUACAAUUUACAAGGAAACAUUUUAUUCUGUAAAAUAAUCUGGAAGGAAUACUUUGUUGAAGAUAUGUGAAAAGCUUACAUUUUUAAAACUUUAUCUCUACUUUGACAUGUAGCCUAGGCUCUUGUCAGAUAAUCAUUAUAUGGUGACCAAGACUCUGUUUUAAACCUUAAAUAGUAAUAAGAUUAAACAAUAAAUAUAUUUAUAAUUUCCAUUUCUCUAUCCUAAAUACCGAUUUAGAAGGUAUCUUUUGGAAGGAGAAAAGAUAACUCUUUGGGCCACUGUUGAUAACUGUAAUCUAAAAGUUUUGAUACCAGUACUGUAAAAAAUUAUCUUUCCAAGAUAAAGACCAAGAGCAGUAUACUUACUUUUAAAAGAAACUUAAAAAACAUAACAAUGAAGAAAGCAUACAACAGAUUGUUUUGGCUUGAAAAUAAACUGUUCCUAAAAAUUACUUCCUUAAAUGAUAAACCCACCUAUGGAUUUGAAAUACAAAUUGUGAUUAAGGAUAAAUUAAUGUUAAAGAAAUAAAAUGAAAUUAUAGUAACUGAAACACUUUGACUAGACUGUAGAUUUACUGCAAAGUUGAAAGAAAGUAUUAUGCUUACUAAUGUUGUUUGCUUGUGUAAAUGGUGACUAGCAAACAAUAAGUAGCAUUAUUUAAAAAUAUGGACAUCAUUAAAAAAAUCAACUGGUUUGAUUUAAAAGAAAGCAUUAUAUUGGAAAAGUAAUUUAAUACAAAUACAUGUUAAAUGUAAAUUUUUUUAUUCUGGGUGCAAACAAGCUGUUAACCAAAAAGAAAGUCUCAAUAGUUGUCAUAAAACCUGUCCUGGACGUUCCUGGAUACACAGACAAGUAUUUAUAUUGUGUUCUACAACCUGUACAUACUUUUGAAGAAUCAGAAUUCUUGACUCAUACAUAGAGUAUGAAAACAUAAAUUAUCAAUAAACAUAAAUAUACAUCUGUAUAAGAUUUUUAUUGAAGACAACGAUUGUCACUAUAAAAUAUGCCUAAAUACAAGAUGAUAAAUAAAGCAAAAUGUUGAAGAA